GCCUCAGGGCAGCUCGGUGGCUCAGGUGGAGACAGUGCUGCAGCAGCUGGAGGAGGCUCAUGUGCAGCUGGAGGAGCUCUUCCACCAGAGGAAGUUGCGCCUCGACGUCUUCCUGCAGCUGCGCAUCCUGCAGCAGUGCACCCUGGAGGUGACGGGGGAGAUGGAUGCCUGGAAACAGGACCUGCAGAAACAGGCGCAGGAUUUCUCAGCUGAGAAGCUAGCGGCGCCGCGGCUAGCAGACGGUAACCCUGACAAGCUAGCUCUGAACCGCAUGGUGGAGGCUAACCCAGAGGUGCUGACGCUAGCUCAGCAGCGCAUACACAGGCACAUGGAGAGACGCCUGGCGAUGAACAACAUGAUCUAUGAGGUCAUCCAGCAGAGUCACGACCUGCAGCAGUACAUCAGCGAGGUGCAGGCCUCAG